AUGACUAUCACCGGUGUCACGCGCAAUGAGCUCUGGCGGCAUCCGGACCCCACCGCGACUCCAAUGUGGGCAUUCCUUCUCCGGGUGAACUCCAAGUACGGCCUCAAACUGGCAGACUACCCCGGUCUGUACAAGUGGUCCAUCGAGAACGUGGCAGAGUUUUGGGAGGAGGUCUGGCACUUUGUCGGCAUCACAGCCUCCAAGCCCUUCGACAAGGUCCUGCCGCUCAAUGCGCCCAUGUACCCGCGUCCCGACUUUUUCGAGGGCUCCCGUCUCAAUUUCGCCGAGAAUCUACUCUUCCCCGCGAACGCCGCCGUCGACCCCACAGCCGUCGCGACUAUCACCACGACCGAACUCGGCCUUCCCGUCUCCACAACAUGGGCCGAGCUCCGUGAUGCCGUCCGCCGCUGCUCUGCCGGUCUCCGAGCCCGCGGUGUCCGGUCUGGCGAUAUCGUUGCGGGCUUCGUGUCUAAUCAUGUACAGGCUGUCGUUGCCUCCCUCGCUGCUGCUUCUAUCGGGGCCAUUUGGACCGGCAUCAGCCCCGACAACGGCAUCAGCGCCGUGCUUGACCGUCUAGCUCAGAUUGGACCCAAGGUUCUCUUUGCCGACAACGGCACCGUGUACAACGGCAAGGAGUGGAGCAGCACUGAAAAGACGGAGGAGAUCGUCAGGGUUCUGAUGCAAAACGGUCUCGAGCUUGUUGUUGUCAUCAACAAUGUUGGUUGUGAUCUUGGUAUGGAUGGUCUGACGGCCACGGGAGUUGUUGCAGAGGAAUACGACUCCUUUUUGCAAAGCGCCCCUGACGUGCCCCUAAAGUUCGAGCAGCUCCCCCCCUCACACCCCCUCUAUAUCCUCUACUCCAGCGGCACGACGGGCCUGCCCAAGGCCAUUGUGCACACGGCCCUGGGUACUCUCAUCCAGCACAAGAAGGAACACGCCUUGCACAGCUCCCUUGACUCGUCCUCGGUAUUGCUCUACUUUACGACUACCUCGUGGAUGAUGUGGCACUGGUCGCUCUCUGCUCUUGCCGUCGGCGCCACUAUCGUCCUUUACUCCGGCUCUCCCUUCAAGCCCCAUGGCCAUCUGUCACUCCCACGGCUCCUCUCCGACCUCCGUGUGACCCACUUCGGCACAUCCGCCGCCUACCUCAUUACCCUCGAGGCAAACGCCGUGUACCCCGUCAAUGAGCCCGGUAUCGACCUCUCAGCCCUCGAGGCGAUCUACUCCACCGCCAGUCCCCUCCCGCCUUCCACCUUCUCUUUUGUCUACAAGGCCUUCCCGUCCAAGGUCAACCUCGCCUCCAUUACGGGCGGAACCGACAUAAUCUCCCUCUUUGGCGCCCCGUGCCCUCUCCUUCCCGUCCGUGUUGGCGAAAUCCAAUGUGCCGGUCUUGGAAUGGCCAUUCACGCUGUCGACUCCCUUUCAGGUGAACCCCUCACUGACCCAUCCCACCCGGGCGAUCUCGUCUGCACGGCUCCCUUCCCCUGUCAACCUCUGACCUUCUUCGGCACCGGAGGCGACGAAAAGUACAAGGCGGCCUACUUCGAACGCUUCUCCAACAUCUGCGGCGCCAAGGGCGCAGUGUGGCACCACGGGGACUUUGUGAAGAUCCCAAACCCAGCGACAGGGUCGCUCGUCAUGCUCGGCCGAUCUGACGGUGUCUUGAAGCCCGCUGGUGUGCGUUUUGGCAGCGCCGAGAUCUACAAUGUUCUCGCGCAUUUCUUCGCUUCCGAGGUAGAGGAUGCCGUCUGCGUAGGUCGAAGACGCGCCACGGACGUCGACGAGACAGUAUGUCUCUUCGUCGUGUCCGCCGCGGGACGUCAAUUCGAUGAUGAGCUCCGGGCAAAGAUCAGGAGUGUUAUUAAGAGGGAGCUGAGCCCGAGGCACGUUCCUGGUGUUAUUGAGGAGGCAGGUGGCGGCAUCCCGAAGACGGGCAACGGGAAGAAGAUCGAGGUGGCGGUCAAGCAGAUCCUCUCCGGCAUGGACAUCAAGACAAACGCGAGCGUCGCUAACCCCGAGGCUUUGGAGUGGUUUCGCACGUGGGCUGCGUCGCAUUAG